AUGGCUACAAAUUCGCUGAGUAAAUUGUCCUUGGAAAACCCAGCCAGCAUCAAGUUGCCUCCCAAGUGUACUAUAUGCUGCUUCCAAGGUCAGCACCGACUCUCAGCCGCCGCCGAGUGGCUCAAUCCGAACAAACAAUGGUGGAUUCUAUAUCUCUAUGAUGCCACCAAAUUGACUCCCGCCGCGCGGAGAAAAUUGCGCGAGUCUAAGGCAAGCGCUCAAGAGUUCUGCGACGGCGAUAUAUUCCGGAGCUCACCAUCGGAAUGCCGUGAUUUCAAGGAAAUAUAUCAACCCAAGAUUGAUCACUACCCCGCAUUCCGCGAGAGCCUUGAUAAUCUCCUACAAUUCCCUGCGUUUUGGAGCCCCUGGCUUAUGGGUCUGUAUUUAUCCAGUCUGAAGAUCCCAGAGGAGCUUGCGUCUUAUCUUAGUUACAUCUAUUUUACCUGGGUUAGCCUCACUUGCAAUCAGCUACACCUACUAGACACCGAGAUAGUCGAGCAGCUUAAAGGACGAUGUCCUUCUCUCUCGAAGGCCGACCGCUUGCAUAUAAAUCGUGUGUUUAACCAAGAUGCCGCGUUAUCUUUCUGUUCAGAUACCUGGCUCCGUUCAGAACUUCGGCAGGCUGCCCUAGAGUAUACGGGGAUUAUCCCAUCUCUACGGAUAUUCCUUGAGAACAUUAAAUACAUCCGACCCAUGGUAUACGUUAUUAAACGACUCCUGCCUCCCAAAUUUAGUGGGACGAUCCGUCAGACAAUGCAUCGCUUCUAUGUUCGCCUACAGAACAACCGGUUUCCGAUACAGAUUGCUGAGAGCUGCGUGGAGGAAAGGCCACACCCGAAUGAUGGCUACGGCUUUUGGUCUGCAUAUCGUCAGGUUUUUCUGUUUGCCAUGCGUCACUUCUAUGGCCUUUCUGAUUCGCCCCCACUUGGUCAUAACCGUUACGCGCGAUUGGGCCAGUUGCCCAAUUCGGAAAAUCUAUGGAUGCAGUUUAAAGAACUCACUCGUACGGUUGGGUUCAUCUUGCCUGGCUCUCGCAUCUCGACAAGACCUGUCCAGUAUAGUCCAGAGUUCACCGCUAUCUAUAACCUACUGACGCGCCUUCGACCGCCAAGGGAUUUCGAAUAUGAUCCGUCUGUCCUUAUACAAUGCAGCACUCAGGUCGUGGGUGUACUUCAGAAUAUAAAGCAGGGGCGGACUCAGGAACAACGUCCUGCUCUCGUCACAGAUGUCCAGGAACGCUGGUCAUUGGACAGGCGCUGUGGUAUGACGGAUAUCGGGAGUUUCUUUUUCGACCAGGACUAUCUGUUCCUACAACAUAUAUACUACCCUCAAAGCACCAUGCAAGGCCAAGACUUGUCAAAAUUCGCUGUGAAGAGAGACAUCUUCAUGUCCUUUGUCCCUGAAUUUCUGGACGACCUUGGCAUGACGGAGCCUGUAUCUAACCACUCGGUCAACCUGGAGCCUGAAGCUGAGGCGCCUCUAUCGAAGGAGACGGUUGGAACCGGAUCAAUGACUAUAGCGGUCCAUGAUGAUACAGAGAUAAGCGAAGACCCUCUGAUGCCAGCUACAAAUCGUUCUCCUACGGAGCAAACUCGGGAUAUGUCACCUCUACAGUUGCACGUCCUGCUAUCCUUGACCAAUGAUGUUGGAAGCGUGAAUGCACUGGUGCCCGUUAAUCAGGUGCCUGAGCCAUCUCAUCAAGAGCUGGUACCGUUCGACAAAGCACGCAGAAGUACGGAAGCCGAGACCCAAGCUAGCUCAUCUCUGACGAGUUCUGCGCUUAGCUUUAUCAAAUGGCAGACCCUGGAUGCAUGUACUUACUCGACGACGCUGUCUCCGGGAGAAUUUCAGAGUCUCCUUCGCGGGCAAGCACGAGAGAACGUUCCUUACGGCACAUUUUACCACGUAGAUACAAGAGAGAUCCUUUGUCUUUUAUGCUCAAGCGCUAAUAAAUUCCCCGACUUACUCCCUGAAAUAGGAAAGUUUUGGUGUGCAAAAGCCACCGAAGUGCGUGAAGCCGGCGAGACCCUUAAGCUUCUGCUAGUGGAAGACGUGGUAUCCCUUCUGAAGCGAGGACCAGAUGUCUUUUUCAUGGGGUAUUGGGGAAGCGGAUACAACUCUGGAUUAUUAAAUAUGGAUAAGGAUGGUGGCACAACAGAGCACCUUGUAUUACCACGCUUCGAUAGCGUCGGAAAGAGGUGGGAGUUGAUUUCCUGGGCAGAAUAG